UAUGACUUUUGGUUUGUUGUAAAGUUAAGCGAUAGCAUUCUGGUGCAUGGCUGGAAUUAAUCAGUGAAAAAAGCCUGCCGUUUUUUUAGUAAAGUUAUAGGUACUUUUACAAACGUGACCAGAACAAUGAAAAGUGAGGUUUAACAGGACUUUUCCUGUGAGAAAAUAAGAAAUCCCUUUUAUUCAGUAGCUUAUAGAGCAACGUUUGGAAGCAGUGACUUGAAGUAAUAUUUUUUUGUAUGAUUUUAUCAGUCUCACAUCAUUGUGGAGGACUUUAUGACCCAUUCUUCUUUACAGCGUUGCUUCAGUUCAUUUCAUUUAUCUUAAUGUCUCUUAAGAUCUCACCAAAGCCAUUUACUGCUUCUGUGCUUGGCAUUAUUGUCCAGUUGCAUUACCCACAUUGGGCCAAGCUUUUUAGCUGUUAGACAUGUGGCCUCACAAUUGAGUAUACUUUGGUAUAAAGAAUAGUUAAUGACUGCAAAUAUCUUUUAGCUGCAAAACAAGCCAAACUCAUUACCCUUCCACCACAAUGCUUGACAGCUGGUAUGAGGUGUUUGUGCAAAUAUACUGUGUUUGGCUUUCUGCAAAUGUGAUGCUGUGAAUUAUGGUCAAAAACCUACACUUUGGUCUUGUCUAUCCAAAGGACAUUGUUUCAGAAGUCUUGAGGUUUGUUCAGAUGCAACUUUGCAAACAUAAACUGUGUUGCCAUGUUCAUUUAUGAGAGAAGACGCUUUCUUAUUCUUAUUAUUUUCUUAUUUAAUUACGAAUUGAAAAUGAUGAACUUGGUCAAUCAUAAGUCAUUUGGCUCAGAAUAGUAAGGAUUUCUACCACUUACAGACUCUGAAAACCACAUCCUUUUAUUCCAAUAAACUGGAACCAAUCUGAGAACACAGACAGCAAUGCUUCUUUACAGAGAUAAGCCAACUCCCGCACUACUCAACCUUGACAGCAACUUUUAUUGAUUAAGCUGUCAAUUUAACCUUUUCUUUGUCUUUUCACUCUACUCGCAUAUAGUGAUUUUUGCCUUGUCAUGGUGUGAAAACACAGGUUUCUGACAAAGUUAACCUCCACAAGACCUGGAUGCUGAAACUGAAGUGUUUGUACAACUUUACAAACCAAACUAUUUGACAGCUGAAGAACUUAAGAUGGCAGUCAAUACAUGACAAAGCAAAGUUUUUUUGUUUUGUCUUAUUGUUGUUGUUGUUGUUUAACAUGUGUUACUUAUCAUUUAAACAAAGGGUGAAAGAGGAAGUGGAGAAAAAGUGAACAACUGCAACAGGAAAUGAGGAAACAGUUCAAACCCCCUAAAUAUAAAAUGAUAUUUACACAGUGUAUGACUCAAAAGCUGUACACUGUUAUUCAUCCCAGAGAUGUGUGUUUAUUGCACACAGAUGAUCAUGACAUAGUCUCAUAUCUUGAUACAGGGUUUCUAUAAUUGUAGGCAAAUGUAGUAAUAUAUCAGCCUACGCACUGGUUAAAUAGAAAUGUUCAUACAACUUCCUUCACCUUUAAGGUGAUUGACUGAAUACAAAAUCUGCACAUUGCUCUCGUGCAGCGGACCAGACCCUCAGUUUGGAGCAAAAACUCCAAACCAGGUUUAAAUUUUUCCUUGAGCUUUCCUCUGAACUGUAGUUUGUCACUGCGUAGCAACAGUGAGGACUGCUUACUGUAGACUCAGUGCUGUGACACUUUGUUGAAUCAAUGACUGCCUCAUUAAUGACUGUUUAUUCUGGGGUGCGUGAGAUAUAACUGUUAUUCAAAAAAAGGCUGGCCUUUUUUACACCCAUCAAUGCAAAGACCAUGAAGUUUACUGAAACCGGAUCUAUUUCACUGUGUAUAUAUCAUGUAGAAACCUCAUUGAUCAUUUCACAUGAAGUUUUACAAAGCCUUUCUGAGCUUCAGUGUUUGUAUGUGGGUUUAGUAUGUUAAGGCUCGGAGUAGAUGUUAGAUCAGCAAAUCUGAUCAUGCAAAUGAUUCACACUUUAUCUGCAUACGUGAACAGAAAAACAUGCAAAUGUGCAGAGGACGGAUGAGUGGCAACUGCAGUAGAAUGAACAUGAGUGUCUCAUCACUUCAGGACUCAUUUGUUUUUGUCUUUUGAUCCAGUUUGCUAAUGAUUUAUCUUAACGGAGCAAAAAUUAUUUUUCUGAAAGGAAGAGAAUAACUAAAAGAGUUGAGCACAUACCACCAGACAUAUUACCAAUGCUUUCAUGUCUGAUGUCUCCAAGCCUGUUGUAAAAGGACGCUUUGAUACUUUGGUACUGUAAAAAUUUGUGAGAUGACCAAGUAAUGCAUUCAUUGCAAUGAAUUUCAUUCGUUGUAUUGGAGGUGCAAUGGAGAAUCCUCAGUUCUUUAGUAAUGGAUGAAAUGUACCUAACCAAUAGAGUUCCUGCUUUAGAGUGCAGCUCCUGAAGGUGAAUUUUACAAAACACAGCCUCCAAUGAACAGAGAGGCUCGCAGCUUUGAGACGAGACCUGCAGUCGCAACUAUGUUUUUCUCCAGCAGAUGUCGGUGUGGUCGCACAGGCUGCUCAUCGCUCAAAGAGGUGGCGCUGCAAAACUUUUAGCCUAUUUUGGAAGAAUAAAAAUUUAACUUACCCCCCCUCCAAUGAUAUACAUAUGAAAAUAUGUAUAUGGGCGUGGUUCUUGGGCACCAUUUAGAUAACAUUCUCACAUGUUUAUAUAUCGUUGGAUGAUGUUUCAGGAAAGAUUGAAAUUCCACAGCUCACUAUAAUUGCAUGCGUCACUUGCUCAUUAGUUCAUAUACUGAUUGGUACAAAUGGCAUUCACACCGGUCUGUGUAUACUAAUGAGUCCAUCUACGUUAUAAUUGAGAGCUUACAGACCUGCUGCUGCUUAAUGGCUCAAAAGUCUCCGAGGUGUAGGGUUAUUAAACAUAAUCUAUCAAAAUCAUGAUCAGCCUUUAUGAAUGCACCCUUGUACAUGUGGAGCUAUUAUUUUUCAAGGAAACCGUGAGUGUGUCCUUUCUUAUUGGUUUCAAUGAAAACUUUCACUUUCAUUUUGAAGAGCCUUACAAGAAUAUAUCUAAAUAAUCUGCAUAAUACCAUCUGGUCUAGUUACAUGAUAAAUUCUUAUCUUCGAGUUACCAGUUUAAUUACACUAUAAAUGCUAUGUGCACGCUUCAAGAUUGGCUGUGGUAAAUUUGCGAGAAAUCCAUUUAGCUUUUUUCUUUUUGAUUUUUCUUUUUAAAUUGGCACCAUUGAACAUUUAACCUAUUUUAAAAAACAAAAACAAAAAAAAAACAUGCGUAGUGAGCAGUUUGCCAUCAUCCUAAUAACCUAAUUGGGCUAUAGGUUAUCUCUAAUGGGAGACAUUGUUUGUGCACUGUAAAAACAUUUAUACUCUCUUAACGGUGCGCACACCCUCCCUUCCUCUGUCCCUCUUGACUUGGUGACAGACCUAAAAGCCUUUUGUUGCAAUCUUAGCCAAUGGAGGCGGAUUACGACAUCGGGCAGCUGAGAUAUAUAAAGAGCGCCUUUUUGACCGUACUUGCACAUUUUUCAGUGACACCUCUGCACAUACUCACACCUCCGUGGACUAAAAUUGUACAGAAAACAACAAUUAGCUUAUACUGCACGUGAGCAGGCUAUGCAUUCACCAGGCAUUUAACUUUCAAUCAAAGGAGCUUGUACCGACACCCUCUGCGCGCACUUUUUUUGUUAAAAGAAAAAAAAAGAAAAAGAAAGAAUAUUACAAAAAGAGAAACUUCGGGGUGAUCGUAUUGGAUUAGAUGCAUGUCACUUAUUCUUUGCCGUUUGUAGGCUAAGACGAGGAGCGGCGCAGAUUCGAGAGACGGGAUCUAACGGAAUAAAGUGCGUAAAAAACAAGCUAAGGAAGGGGAGGAAAAGUUGCGUUUUCUGUUGUCCACGCAUCGUCAUGCCGAGGUACAACUUCUUACUGUGCUUGAUGGUGCUCAUCUCCUUGGGACAGUCGGGGAGCGAUGAGCCCAAUCUGCUGCUGCCUCCUGCCAGCGAGACGCCCACGGAUGCCGGGCUAUCUCUGCUGGACGAGGACGCCGGUUCUCACGAGUGUUCCGCUUGUGUUUGGAGGGAGCAGAGCAAAGUGCUGAGACUGGAGACCAUCAAGUCCCAGAUCCUGAGCAAACUGCGUCUGAAGCAGGCGCCCAACAUCAGCCGGGAGGUGGUCAAUCAGCUGCUGCCCAAGGCGCCCCCGCUCCAGCAGCUUCUGGACCAUCACGACUUCCAGGGAGAUGCUUCGUCCCAGGAUGAGUUUAUGGAGGAGGAUGAGUACCACGCCACCACGGAGUCCGUGAUUACUAUGGCCUCUGAGCCGGAGCCUCUGGUGCAGGUGAAUGGAAAGCCCAGCUGCUGCUUCUUCAAGUUCAGCCCCAAACUGAUGUUCACCAAGGUGCUGAAGGCCCAGCUGUGGGUGUAUCUGCGACCGCUGCAGCAGACCUCCACCGUCUACCUGCAGAUCCUGCGACUAAAGCCAGUCACAGAGCAGGGCAGCCGCCACAUACGCAUCCGCUCCCUGAAGAUAGAGCUCAACUCCAGGGUCGGCCACUGGCAAAGUAUUGACUUUAAGCACGUGCUGCAGAACUGGUUCAAACAGCCCCACACUAACUGGGGGAUCGACAUCAACGCCUUUGACGAGAGUGGCAAUGACCUGGCAGUUACCUCACUGCGACCUGGGGAGGAGGGACUGCAGCCGUUUCUGGAGGUGAAGGUUCUUGAGACAACCAAACGUUCUCGGAGAAACCUCGGCCUGGACUGCGAUGAGCACUCCACUGAGUCUCGCUGCUGUCGCUACCCUCUAACUGUGGACUUUGAGGCGUUCGGCUGGGAUUGGAUCAUUGCCCCUAAACGCUACAAAGCGAACUACUGCUCUGGCCAGUGCGAGUACAUGUUCAUGCAGAAAUACCCGCACACCCACCUGGUGCAGCACGCCAACCCGCGAGGCUCCGCGGGGCCCUGCUGCACCCCAACCAAGAUGUCUCCCAUUAACAUGCUCUACUUCAAUGACAAGCAGCAGAUCAUUCACGGCAAGAUUCCAGGGAUGGUGGUGGAUCGAUGUGGCUGCUCUUAGGCUGCUGGAGGAAGCACAUUUGUGUAAAGCCCACAUUAAACCACCUGAAACCCUUUCUGAGCUCUCCCCUGGCACCAGAACCCACUCCUCGGCACCAGAUUUCACUUCUGCUCAGCCACAAAAGCAUUCCACUGGGUUUCCAUUUGUCCAGUAAUUAAACUGAUUCUAUCUGUACAAAAAAGUUAUAAAUGAAAUAAGAAUCAAAACAGAACUGAGUGAUGGAAAUACCAUACAUUAUGAAUGAUUUAAAGAGGCUGUACUUGUGGAGCACCUUUCGAAAGUGGUAAAUGAGGCGCUAUAGGACAUAUGUUAGUUUUGUGGGUUUUUAAAAUAUUUUUUUAAUGACAUCUUUGUGAAAUAUCCAGGUUAGUGGAUUGAAAUGACAGGAGACAGGAGUAUUUACACUUUUAAGAGCAAUUCCAGUUUUGAGGUGAGUUCGCAAAUACUUCAUUCCACAAAUACGUUUACUUCCAGUGUGAUAAAAAUGUUCUCAAAGGGGCAUUAUCAAAAUUAUUUUGCAAUCCAUCACUUUAACAAAAGCUCAGAAACAAAAACAAACACGAUGUGAAUAGGUUUAACUUCUGGACGUACCAUUAGAUGAAAUCCAAAAUCUUCCUAAGAGUAUUAGAGAUAUCCAAAAAAAAAAGAAACAAACAAACAAACAAAGAAAAUAAAACUGCACCCUCUUUUAAUGUGUAUUACCUGAGUUUGACAUUUUCAAGUAUCUCCAAAAUCUCUCCACGGCAACUUUGAUUUGUUUUGUUUGUUUGUUUGUUUUUAGAUUUUUGUAAUUAAAUAUUAAGAAAGGGUUAUACAGAUGGUCCAUAACAUGUUAUGUAAUAUGUAAUUUGGCCUCUGUAAUGAGAGAGGCUUUCAAAUCAAACCCUUAGGAUGUGAUUCAAGUUCAGCCUUAAUUUAAGGGGUUUAACAAAAGUAUGGCGUUAACUGUUUAGGAACUAUUUUCAUAUAUAGUUCCCCAUUUUCAGUGGUUUAAAAUUAACUGCGUAAAUUAUUAUAGUUUAAAUAUAAGAAUUGUUUUAAUAGUUGAAUUUUUGAAUUGAACUAUUGUUUGAAUAGUUGAAUACUAAAAUGCAGUCUACAGUAAAAGCUACCCUCUGAGAUGCAUGCUCUACUGCAGUGAUGGGGAACUCCAGGCCUCAAGAGCUGGUGUCCUACAGGUUUUAGGGCUCACCCUGGGUCAACACACCUGAAUCUAAUGGUUAGUUCAUUACCAGGCAUCUGGAGAACUUCAAGACAUGUUGAGGAGGUAAUUUAGCCAUUUAAAUCAGCUGAGUUGGAUCAAGCACACAUCUAAAACCUGCAGUCCGUAAAUUGUCCAAUUACUUUUGAGCCUUUGAAAGCUAUGGAAACUAUGGGUAUGAGAACUAUGAUAAAAAUGAAUGAAUUCCUAAACAAUUAAUUAAUAUCCUGAACUUCAAUCACAUCUUGCUUGUUUUAUUUAAAAUCCAUUGCAGUGGUGUAAAGGGGCAAAAAUCUAAAAACCAUCUUAGUCCAAAAAUCUAUGGACCUUACUUUACUAGUUCAGCUCCACAUUUAAAAACAGUUACAUAAACUCAGUAUUGCUGUUAACCAUUUGGCAAAAAAGAGUUUACCUUGCACACUGAAGUCUAAAGAAAAACUGAAAUCCAGAUGCACCAAGUUAUUCAGUACUGUUUUGGGGAGAAGGAAGAGGGCAGGCUUUGCGUUUUUUUUUUUGUUUUGUUUUUUUUUGUUUUGUUUUUAAUUUAUCCAACAAAGGAAAAUCACGUUCAGCUUUUGCAGUAAAUGUUUAAAACAGAGAGUUAAAUGCACUGUUUUAUAACUUGAAGAGGCUCGGGACUGAAUAUGUAAUAAAAAAAAAAAUAACAAAACAACAAAAUGCAUACCCUGAAAUAAAAGACUCAAUGCUCACUAUGUCCUAAGUGAAUAAUUGAGCUGAAAUUAACACAAACCACGAUUACAGUUUUAUCACUUUAAGUUUACAUUUCUUUUUGUGCAGUGUUUGUGGUAGAUGCAUUACUCCUGACACACCAGUUCAUGCUUGUUCUUUUUUUUUUUUUUGCUAGUUUCAGAAUGGAUAAAAAUACAAAUGCAAAAGUGCAGUAAUGUACUAAGACAUUUUAGCUUUUAUGAUUUACAGCAAAGAAAACAAACAAAAAAAAGAUAAUUUAACUCAACCACUGAUUUUAGCUUCGAAAACAUAUUUGACUGCAUUUUGAAAUGCCCCCAUCCACAUCAACCUCAACUGUAUCAUCGCUGUCAUAAUGGGAAAAAAAAGUAUUUGUUAGUGCUUGAACGCAGAGUAGAAUUAGUAUGCUUGAAGCUUGUCUUUGUCUCCUGGGUAUCAAAGCAAAGAUAUCCUUUUGUUAUAAACGAAAGCACUAUGCUGUUGGAUAAAGGAAGAGCCUUCUGACAUUAUAUAUAAAUGAUAUAUGUAUAUAUUAAAAAAAGAGGGGUACAAAAACCUUUUUGGGGGCACUCUACCUUACCAACAAUAAAUUUUGCACUAUGGGACGUUCAUGGCGUGAGGAGGUAAGUGUUGUGUUUUACCAAGCACAAGAGAGCUUGUACAGUAUAGGUUAAAAAAAAAGAAACUAUUCAAGCUUCUGGUGAUGAACCAUAAACUAGCGAGGUUAUCACUUCUUUUGGAUGCCAUCACACUUUCCUGACUUUGUCUGAAGCGGGGGCCUGUCCAUACACUCACAGAUCUCUAUCAAAUCUUGAACCUGGAUGUACUGUAGCAGCGGCCUGAAAGGCCUCCACGCCCGCUUUGGCUGAUAAGUCUUGUGCGUAAUAAGUGUCUGGAUCAAUGACUGUAGAAUGCUUUAACUGGAAAAGGCCCGCCCAUCAACUUUAACCUGUCACCGCAUUAGAGAGACUUCAUUCUUUUGACGUAAAAAAAAAAUGAGUCGAGUGUCUUACGUAGAAGUUUGGGGGGGAUUUUAUAUUUUUUGGUUUUGUUUGUUUGCUUUUGCCUUUGUGUGUGUUUUAAGUGAAAGCACCCAUGUAAGAAUGGGAGGAGUACCCAGGGACUGUUAGCCAAAGUAGAGAAUGACAUGUUGUGUGCUGUAACUUUUGUAAUUGCAGGAAUAUGCUAGAAAAUUUCAAAGGGAGGGAAAAAAGUUGGUUUAGGGGCAGUGGUUGGGUUAAAAAAAAAAGAAAAAGCUGGUCCAUUUUUAUUUAUUAAUAUUAAAUACAAUGCAUUUCAAAGUCUGUCUACCUCACGUUAGCCUAAAAAUUUGCUAUCAGUUUAUCAGAAACUUUUACUCAUAAGAACAUCCCCACCCCCACCCCAACCUUCCAAAAACAGAUGAAAACCACAGGGUCCCCUUGCUCUCAGGUUCAGAUUGAGUUAUUGACAGAGUGACUGAUGGUACCAGUUCUGGUAACGCGUGGUCAAAAUAUUAACUAUGGUUAACGCUGUUGAGAAGUUGCAUUUUGAAUUUUAGUCUUUGUAUACUGGUAUAUGUAAGAGGGUUUUUUUUCCAUAUAAUUAUAUGAGAGUAAGAAAUGUAAAUACCAACCCAAAUGUUGACAUUUAUGAUGUUUUGGACAGGUUCACCGCUUCUAAUGUUUUUCUCUCUUUCCCUCUUCAUCCCUCUGUUCUUUGUGUAGUUAAAGAAAAAGAAAAAUCACCCCACGUUUGUAGUUCUAUGGUUGUGCAUAUGAGUAACUGUUCAAUUAUUUUUGCCUUUUGUUGUUUAUUUACUGUCAUUUUUCUUUUGUACAAUAAAUCAUUUAUUUAGCUUA